UUUUAUGUUUGAACUGGAUGGACUUUUUGUCUUUUUUCAGCCAGACCAGGGGCGGACUGACCAUUUGGAAACUCGGGCACUGCCCGAGGGCCCGGGUCAGUAGGGGGCCCCAUGAGAUGUCCCUGGUACCUUUCAUAGGCUUUUUUGGUUUGGGCAAGGACACAGGGGCCCCAUGAUCCCCUAUUGCCCAGGGGCCCCAUGAGUUGUCAGUCCGCCCCUGGCUGGGAACGCUGUUUGGCUACCAUGCACAGCUGCACAAAAUGUCGCACACUCCAGUUUUAGGCCCGGGGUCAGUAGGGGGCCCCAUGAGAUGCCUCUGGUACCUUUUUUGUAGGCUUUUUUGAGUUUGGGCAAGGACACAGGGGCCCCAUGAUCCCCUAUUGCCCGGGGGCCCCAU